UCACCCCUGUCAGUAGGCCUGCCGCAACGCAGCAGUGAGCGCGCCUUCUGCUCUGCGCAGAGACUUUACGCUUUUCCCGACUGCAGCACGGCGGAUUUUCAAGCAACAAUCACUGCCGGGAACCGUUCCUAACGUUGUGUUCAAUCGCGGGAAAAACGCGCACGGUCGACUGCUCGCCGAUUAUUUCUCCUCGAUCGUGCAGCAUCGAUGGACAUCGACCGUUCGUCGUCGUGACCCUUCGCCAAUGACAAGAACUUGCUUGUAAUCACAGUGAACUUAAGACCAGAAUCGUCGUCGUCCGAUACAAAUUUCUUCGCAACAUACGGAAACAGUGCGAGUCGAAGUUUCCUGUCAACAGUGCGUUCAGACGCCUUCGGGCGAAGAAGCUCGGAGAUCGCUGAAUGAAAAUUCGCCGAGAUUCGACGCCUUUGCACGGGAACAGGUACACCCGGAUGCGAUCUUCCCGGCGGUGAGGCCGCGAGCGGCGAGAGCUGGUUUGCUCUUGUUCAGGGGCCAAUUUUGCGCCCCCCGUGACAAUCGAGUAAGCGCGGGGAUUGGCAGUUUCGCACGCGGCGUAGGAUGCGCUCGAUAGAUUAUGACACCGUGAAACGGCUCUGACGACAGUCGACACGCCUCCUCUCGCGAUACCAUCUGAUGGGCCCUAAUGACGCCGCUUCGGCGUUAUCAUCGUCAGCAUCGCCGGGGACGACGUCUAUUUCCAUCGUUCGACUGUAUCGUCCCACGCGCCGCGGCAUCGGCCAGUUCUGAAAAAGACCGGCGUUACGUCAUUAUCGGCGAACGAUGACAGGAACGCCUCGCGGUGAUCUCGCUCUCGCUUUCACUCCCUCUCUCUCUCUCCUCUCUGUCUCUCUGUGAAGUGUAGCCGCGUAUGAAGCUGUCGUUAAUGGACCGUGGACGACGGAAUAUACGAUUAGCCCGUCGAGCAGUGCCAUUAAUAACGCCGAAGACGCUCCAUAAAGAUCGCGCGCGAUCGCGUCGAUGGGGGAGUGACGGUUGUUUAAUAAAAAAAGAAAACAGAGGAGACAUCGCCGCACUGCCGUUCAGAUGUCCCGUGAAUGAACUCCGCUCUCGUUUCACGGUUACGAUAGCCACCCGCGCCCAAUUAGCCGUCGGCCCCAGCGAGAAUAGUCGCGAGACGAUGGACAAGUUUGCGGAGCGGUCGCGCGGGGACACAGAACUCGCGGUGUGAAAUUAUCGUGGCGGAGCAAGAGUGUACAACUGUGAAGUUUCGUGUCGCCGCGACUUGGACCUCGGCGUCGGAAGCCCGGAGUCCCGAGAGGCGGAGGGAUCGCUCGCGAGAACGCAGUCCCGAGCCAACGUCGGAUUCAUUGAAACUUAUCAGCUGUCUCGACCUACUUGCUAUUCGCCGGCUAAGGAGGACGAUGCUCGAACCCGGCGAACGGGCAGCUGCCAGCUUAAAAGGAUUCGCCAGUUUGCCAGCGUACAAUCGCAGGAUGAAGGGGGUGCUUCUGCUGAUGAGCAUGAUGGUUCGAUUUGUAGCGGCGCAGCCUUUCCUCGACAACGUCGACGGGCCAAUUCCUAUACUAGACGUGUCGGCAGUGGCUGGCUUCAAAGCUCAAAUACCUUGCGACAUUGAUCUCUCAACCGGAAGCGAGGAAGUGAGCAUGGUUUUUUGGUACAAAGGCGAAAGGGAUGGCGAACCGAUAUACAGCGUGGAUGCUCGCGGCAAAUCGAUAAAAGAGGCGAGGCUCUGGUCAGAUCCAUACGUAUUCGGUAAAAGGGCAACUAUGAGAACAAAAGUGGAGCCUGCGAAAUUGGAGAUCGAUCCCUUGGAAACGAGCGACGCGGGGGUGUACAGGUGCAGGGUGGAUUACAAAAAUAGCCCGACGCGAAAUCAGAAGGUUAACCUCACUGUGAUUGUGCCACCGAGCAAGCCGACGAUUUACACUGGCGACGGUAGAAGUUUGGCUGAAGUAUCUUUCAACGAGGGUAGCGUAUUGUCCUUAUUAUGCGAGGUAAUCGGGGGUUCACCGGCGCCGAAUGUCACGUGGCACUUCAAGGGGAAACUGCUGGAUAAUACGUACACGUUGGAACAUGGUAAAAUCACGACGAACCGGCUUGAUCCCUACACGGUCACGAGAGAGUUUCAUCGGGCGAAGUUAACUUGCCGGGCGGACAACACGCCUCUCAUCUCACCUCAGACGUCCGAGAUCAUUUUAGAUGUCAAUCUGAAGCCGUUGUUAGUGAACAUCACGAACAAGGAUGCCCAUUUGUCGGCCCUGAGAACAUACGAAAUCGAAUGUGUCACUUCGGGCUCGAAGCCGAAGGCACAAAUAACCUGGUGGAAAGGCAGCCAUCCGGUGGAGCACAUGGCCAGAAAUUUUGUAGAUAAUUACGAGAACAUUACGAGAAGUCAGUUGAGUUAUGUGCCGACCAUGGAGGACGACGGGAAAUAUUUGACAUGUCGGGCCGAGAACUUGGUUGUACCUGAUAGCGUGUUAGAAGACAAAUGGCGUCUGCAAAUCUAUUAUGCACCAAUAGUGACAAUCAAGCUAGGUUCGAGUUUAAGGGCGAACCAUAUAAACGAAGGCGACGAUGUCUACUUCGAAUGCGACGUUCAAGCAAAUCCAGACGCCUAUAAGCUGGCCUGGUUCAAGGACGGUAAAGAAUUGCAUCAGAACACGACAGCUGGAAUUUUUCUUCCCAGCGGGCAAUCUCUGGUUUUGCAACGCGUGACCAGAAAUUCUGCCGGUGAAUAUUCCUGCAUGGGAACCAAUAUCGAAGGCAAAUCGACAAGCGGGCCUGUAAAACUCGAGAUAAUGUACGCACCAAUCUGCAAGGACGGCUCUUCCACUCAAGUGGUCGGCGCCCUGAAGCACGAGACAAUCUCGCUGGUCUGCGGCGUGCAAUCGAAACCGCCGCCAUCGACUUUCCACUGGACGUUCAACAAUUCCGGGGAGCUGAUGAACGUGCCGGCCAAUAGAUUCACGCAGGUCAAGCCUCUGAGCCUGAUCACGAGCCACUGGCACGGCUCCAGGCUGAAUUACACGCCGGAGAACGACAUGGACUAUGGGACGGUCGCGUGCUGGGCCAAGAACCGUAUAGGGGAGCAGAAGACGCCUUGUCUUUUUCAGAUCAUCGUGGCCGGGAAGCCGUAUCCCCUUCAGAACUGCACGGCUCUACAGUCGACCGGACCCUACGCGUAUCGAAUGGGUCACGAGGAUUUUAAGGCCACCGACUCCCGGGACGCUGAUUGGUUGAUCGUCCGAUGCUUUGAGGGAUUUGACGGCGGUUUGCCUUUAACUAAUUACGAACUGGAGGUCUACAGUGAAGAGAACGUUUAUCAUGUCAAUACCUUUUACUUGAAUCACACAGAGAAAUCCAGUUCAUUAGGUCCGGUUUUCGAAGUUCCCGGCCUAGAGCCUGGACGCAACUACCGACUUCAUCUCUACGCUGUCAACGCUAAGGGCCGCAGCGAUCCUGUCGUUCUCGAACCAGUCACGCUCAAAGGAGUCGCCAUGUACACCACAAACGGUCGCGGAACUUCGAACGAGAGCACCGACUACAGCCUCUUGGUUGCCUGUUUCGCUGGCGGUAUAACGGCCGUGUGCAUUCUGAUUGUGGGGAUAACUUUGACCUUGUAUCGUCGCAGCCAUCCGAUUCGCACGAUGAAGGCCCACACGGAGGUCGUGCAGUACGGAAACAAGGAGGACCGGGUGGUGAUAGCGCCGCUGAACAAAGAUUUCAGAGAGGAGGUCAAGGGACAAGUGUUCGCUGAUAUUCCGGACGACGAUCCAGACGUGAUUCCAAACAAAGUGGACAAGAGGCCGGACAUUUUCGAGCCAAAUUACGGGACCACCAAGCCGGAAAGAUCAAAGGACUUUAGCCACCUGGAGGAGCUCGAUUAUCCGUCACCGUCCUCGGUCUUGCACACAAAAGACUCCUGGAUCUAUUCGAACGGGUACGUGGAGAAAAUCGAGAAAAGCCUGAGCCCGAUGCGACCGAGCACGCUUCCUGUCCACCGCACACUCGACAUUUACACGAGAAGUUCGCGAGUUCAAGAAAGUUGUAUAUAGAUCGAUGGGUUUUAGUUCGCUGACUUAUCUGCCGUCGCGAUCGACGCCAAACUGACGAGCUAUUUGUGUCGUGUUGUCAUGAUGAUCGUCUGUCAACCUCGUGCUUGUCUCGCGGAGAUCGUUUAUUCGAUCAUGCACCAUCGUACACUUCCGUACCCCGCUGCCGAGGGACACUUCUCGGUAGAAGCGCAUUCCUUGAUUUCUUGCUUUCGAUGCAUCCCGAGCGAGAUAAUAGAACAUCGAUUAACCGUUUGCGUACCAGAUGGUUCUGAAAAAACAGGAUCGAAAAGCGCCGAAGAGCGCAAUAGCGCUCCUUC